AUGCAAACUAAAUAUAAUAAUGGUGAUCUGUACGACCACGACAGCUUGGUGAAGGCGAUCAAGCAAGUCGACGUUGUUAUAUCCACCGUUGGAUCAUUGCAAUUGGCCGAUCAAGACAAGAUUAUUGCUGCUAUUAAGGAAGCUGGAAAUGUUAAGAGGUUUUUCCCGUCGGAAUUCGGGAACGACGUGGACCGGACUCGGGCGGUCGAGCCCGCGAAGUCGACUUUCGAACUCAAGGCCCAAAUCCGUAGGGCCGUCGAGGCACAAGGCAUUCCGUACACAUACGUGUCAUCCAACUACUUCGCCGGCUACUCGCUUCCUUCUCUGCUUCAGGGGAAUUUGACUUCUCCUCCUAGAGACAAAGUUACCAUCUUAGGAGAUGGCAAUACCAAAGGUGUGUUCAAUUACGAGGAAGAUAUCGGGACUUACACGAUCAAGGCUGUCGAUGAUCCGAGGACGCUGAACAAGAUUCUCUACGUUCGGCCGCCCAAAAACAUAUACUCGUUCAACGAGCUCGUGGCUCUGUGGGAGAAGAAAAUCGGGAAGACUCUCGAAAAAGAAUACGUGUCCGAAGAACAACUGCUUAAGCAGAUACAGGAAUCGCCGAUUCCGUUUAACAUCAUACUGGCAAUCAACCACUCCAUUUUCGUGAAGGGCGAUCAAACUUACUUUGAAAUCGAGCCAUCGUUUGGGGUCGAGGCCUCGGAGCUUUAUCCGGACGUUAAGUACAAAACUGUGGAGGAGUACCUUGAUCAGUUCGUGUGA